AUGCCUACACAAGUCCGUCACUUCGCCACACCAAGAGCUCUCGGUGAGACUCUCACCCUUCCACUUGAGCCGGCUGAGUCGAAACCUCAGUCACCGCCACCCGAAACUCCUCGCACCAUCGCAGACCUUCCAGUGAUUCCAAAGCCGAGAAGAAACACAGUGCUCAAGGCUCGCAACUACGACAUGGGUCCCUUUCGUGAGGAGAAGACCAAGGGAGGAGUCACGUACGCUCAUCAGGAUGAGUUACCCAAGCUGCCCAUCCCAGCCCUCGAGCAGACCUGCCAGAGAUAUCUCUCUUCUCUCAAGCCGCUUCAGGGCCCAAGGGAACACCAAGAUACCAGGAAUGCCGUUCAAGAGUUUCUCAACAAUGAAGGACCAGAACUGGACGCAAAGUUGAGGGCGUACGCGGAGGGGAAGACCAGUUAUAUUGAGCAGUUCUGUAAGUUGUUUGCUCGCUGGUCAUGGAAUGAAGACUUUUGGCUAACAGUCAAGGCCCGCAACAAUCAGGUGACGCGCGCUGCGUCUCUGAUUGUGUCGGCGUUGGAGUUUGUUCGAGCUGUCCGCAAGGAGGAGCUCCCACCAGACACCGUCAAGGGGACGCCCCUGUGCAUGCACCAGUAUUCACGGCUCUUCGGCACCGCCAGAGUGCCCACUGAGGAUGGGUGCCAGAUUGAGCAGGAUCCCGACUCCAAGCAUCUCAUUGUCAUGUGCCAUGGCCAAUUUUAUUGGUUCGAUGUCUUGGAUGACAACUCUGACGUGAUCAUGACGGAGAAGGAUAUCGCCAUCAAUCUCCAGACCAUUGUGGACGAUGCGGCACAGAUCCCCAUUCAAGAGGCCGCGAAGGGUGCCCUGGGUGUCCUCAGCACCGAGAACCGCAAGGUCUGGUCUGGUUUGAGGGAUGUCAUCACCAGAGAACCAGGUUCCAACAAUGCCGACUGCCUCAGCAUCAUCGACACAGCUCUCUUCGUGGUCUGCCUGGACUACACAGAGCCUGCCGAUGCUGCCGCCCUCUGCCAGAACAUGCUUUGCGGCACCAGCGAGAUCGAGAAGGGUGUCCAGAUUGGAACCUGCACCAACAGGUGGUACGACAAGCUGCAGAUCAUCGUCUGCAAGAACGGCAGUGCCGGCAUCAACUUUGAGCACACUGGUGUCGACGGUCACACGGUUCUUCGCUUUGCCAGUGAUAUCUACACCGACACCAUCCUCCGCUUUGCUCGGACCAUCAACGGCAAGGCACCAGCCCUCUGGUCAUCCACCAGCCCCGACCCCUCGAAGCGUGACCCUGAGAGCUUUGGCGAUGUCAGCACCACACCUCACAAGCUCGAAUGGGACAUGAUCCCUGAACUUCGCAUCGCUGUCCGCUUUGCCGAGACCAGACUCGCCGAUCUCAUCGAACAGAACGAGUUUGAGUGCCUGGAUUUUGGCGCCUAUGGCAAGAACUUCAUUACCAGCAUGGGCUUCUCUCCCGAUGCUUUUGUCCAGAUGGCCUUCCAAGCCGCUUACUACGGUCUCUACGGCAGAGUGGAGUGCACGUACGAGCCAGCCAUGACCAAGACCUUCCUUCAUGGCCGCACUGAAGCCAUUCGCACUGUUUCGGAAGAAGCCGUCAACUUUGUCCAGACCUUCUGGGCUGACAACCCGGCCGAGAACAAGAUUGAGGCUCUCAGGCAGGCCUGCCAACGUCACACAGCCAACACCCGCGACUGCUCCAAAGCCCAAGGGUGUGAUCGUCAUUUGUACGCCCUGUUUUGUCUCUGGCAGCGCAUGGUUGACGAUGACUUUGGCUCCAACGGCGAUAGCACCAACGGGUACUCUUCUCCGGUAGAUGGCAUGUCUGAUAUCAGCUCUUCCCACGGCAGAGCGGCCGAGUACCUUAUCGACAAUGGCACCACCCCCUCGUCUGCGGUCCAUGCCCCCCCCGCGGCUACCACCAACACCAACGGGACCAAUGGCACGACCAAUGGUGACGACGCCAACAGCAGCGUCAUCCGCAACAGGACCAAUUCCGCCUCAUCUAGACACUCCUCCCGUUCCCGCUCGCCUAAUGGAUCAUCUCAUCAACUGCCCCUCAUUUUUGCUGACUCGGGUUGGGACAAGCUCAACACCACCAUCCUCUCCACCUCCAACUGCGGCAACCCAUCCCUGCGACACUUUGGCUUCGGCCCCGUGUCGGGAGAUGGCUUCGGGAUAGGCUAUAUCAUCAAAGACGAGACCAUCUCUAUUUGUGUCUCCUCCCGCCAUCGCCAAACCAAGCGUUUCGUCGAUACCCUUGAGUCCUACCUCUUGGAGAUCCGCCGGAUCCUGCGGUUGACCGCAGCCCAGAGAAAUGGAGGGGCGGGGGUUGCCAGCAAGCAGAGCAGAGCCAGGGAGGUGGAUGAGAUGAAGGCCAAGCCGAAACUUACACACAAAGAUUCUGCCACUGCGAAGGCCAAACUCCGGGGACGACUUAUCACCGGCGGCAGUGAUCUGGGGAGGAAGGGAGGGUUCAGUGUGAAUGGGAGCGUGAGUCCGACGGAGGAUAGCCUGUUGGGGAUGAGUGAGGAUGAUGAGUUGGGCGGUUAUGGCUUCUUUGACGCGGGGAUGCUGCUUCAGGCGCUCAAGGCGAGGGGGGAGAGCUACGAGGGUGGGGAGACGAAGGCGAGUGAACGGGCGACGCAGCAGGCCAAGAGACGGACGGAGAUUGGGAAACGGUUGAGGUUGGUCGAUUAUUGA